GGGGGGCCAGGAAGAAGCUGACAGCUGGCAAAGUCGCUUGGAGAAGACAGAAGAGACCCCAGGGCACCCGGAGAGGACGACCAGGGUGACAGGUGAAGUCAUGUGGCCAAUGCUGAUCCUGUUGGCCCUGUGGCUGGGCACAGUGGGCUUGGGCAGGGCCGAGCUCACAGCAGCCCAGCACCAGGGCCUGCAGGUGGCCCUGGAGGAAUUCCACAAGCACCCGCGUGUACAGUGGGCCUUCCAGAAGACCAGCAUGGCCCGUGCCACGGACACGCCCUCCGAGGUGGGGACCUUUGUGAGGCUGGAGUUUACGCUCCAGCAGACAGGCUGCUGGAAGAAGGACUGGAAGCGAGCGGAGUGCAAGGUCAAGCCCGGCGGGAGGAAGCGGAAAUGCCUGGCCUGCAUCAUGCUGGGCCGUGAGUCUCAAGUCCUGGGCCGGAUGGUCCACUGCCCCAUAGAGACACAGGUUCAACAGGAGCCCAAGGAGCAGCAGGAGGCCCGGUGUAUCAGGGUGCAGCAGGCCCACGAGGGGUCCCACAGAUACUACUUCCCAGGACAAUUUGCUUUUCUCCAACACCCUGGCUCCGGCUGAGAGCGUAACAGAAUGGAGUCCUGCUCUCAGACAGCUGUGGGAGGUAACCAGUGAGUCCGCCGUCCCUUCCCCCCGCCCUGGGGAAGCCCACCGGACCCGACCCUACCCGGAC